CGGCGGCUGUGCGCCGCCAUCUUGGCCGGCGGCGGUAAGAACACGUUGUGCGGCCGGGACGGGAACGGGACGGGACGCCCAGCGCCGAUUGCUGCUACUGCUGCUGCACGCCUCGCCGUGAGGGGACCGUCGCCUCCAGGAGAGCCGGAUAUUCUUUAUUACAAUUAUGGCAGACAAAUUAACAAGAAUUGCUAUUGUCAACCAUGACAAGUGCAAGCCUAAGAAAUGUCGGCAGGAAUGCAAAAAGAGUUGCCCUGUUGUUCGGAUGGGAAAAUUAUGUAUAGAGGUUACACCCCAGAGCAAAAUAGCAUGGAUUUCUGAGACUCUCUGUAUUGGUUGUGGUAUUUGUAUUAAGAAAUGCCCCUUUGGCGCCUUAUCAAUUGUCAAUUUGCCAAGCAACUUGGAAAAAGAAACAACACAUCGAUAUUGUGCCAAUGCCUUCAAGCUUCACAGGUUGCCUAUCCCUCGUCCAGGUGAAGUUUUGGGAUUAGUUGGAACUAAUGGUAUUGGAAAGUCAACUGCAUUAAAAAUUUUAGCAGGAAAGCAAAAGCCAAACCUUGGAAAGUAUGAUGAUCCGCCUGAUUGGCAAGAAAUUUUGACUUAUUUCCGUGGAUCUGAAUUACAAAAUUACUUCACCAAGAUUCUAGAAGAUGAUCUAAAAGCCAUAAUCAAACCUCAAUAUGUAGAUCAAAUUCCCAAAGCUGCAAAGGGGACAGUGGGAUCUAUUUUGGACCGAAAAGAUGAAACAAAGACACAGGCAAUUGUAUGUCAGCAGCUCGAUUUAACGCACCUUAAAGAACGAAACGUUGAAGACCUUUCAGGAGGAGAGUUGCAGAGAUUUGCGUGUGCUGUCGUUUGCAUACAAAAAGCUGAUAUUUUUAUGUUUGAUGAACCUUCCAGUUACCUUGAUGUCAAGCAGCGUUUAAAGGCUGCCAUUACUAUUCGAUCUCUAAUAAACCCAGAUAGAUAUAUCAUUGUGGUGGAACAUGAUCUAAGUGUAUUAGACUAUCUCUCUGACUUCAUCUGCUGUUUAUAUGGUGUGCCGAGUGCUUACGGUGUUGUCACUAUGCCUUUUAGUGUAAGAGAAGGCAUAAACAUUUUUUUGGAUGGCUAUGUUCCAACAGAGAACUUGAGGUUCAGGGAUGCGUCACUUGUUUUUAAGGUAGCUGAGACAGCGAAUGAAGAAGAAGUUAAAAAGAUGUGUAUGUAUAAAUAUCCUGAGAUGAAGAAAAAGAUGGGGGAGUUCGAGCUAGCGAUUGUAGCUGGAGAAUUUACAGAUUCUGAGAUCAUGGUGAUGCUGGGGGAAAAUGGUACAGGUAAAACCACAUUUAUCAGAAUGCUUGCUGGGAGGCUUAAACCUGACGAAGGAGGAGCAGUACCAAUCCUGAAUGUCAGUUAUAAGCCACAGAAAAUCAGUCCCAAAUCAACAGGAAGUGUUCGCCAGUUACUGCAUGAAAAGAUCAGAGAUGCGUAUACCCAUCCACAGUUUGUGACUGAUGUAAUGAAGCCCCUGCAGAUUGAAAACAUCAUUGAUCAGGAGGUGCAGACAUUGUCUGGUGGUGAACUGCAGCGAGUAGCUUUGGCUCUUUGCUUGGGCAAACCAGCUGAUGUCUAUUUAAUUGAUGAACCAUCUGCUUAUUUGGAUUCUGAGCAAAGAUUAAUGGCAGCCCGGGUUGUCAAACGCUUCAUACUCCAUGCAAAGAAGACAGCUUUUGUUGUGGAACAUGACUUCAUCAUGGCCACCUAUCUCGCAGACCGCGUCAUUGUGUUUGAUGGUGUUCCAUCUAAGAACACAGUUGCAAACAGUCCUCAAACUCUUUUGGCUGGCAUGAACAAAUUUUUGUCUCAGCUGGAGAUUACAUUCAGAAGAGAUCCCAACAACUACAGGCCACGGAUAAAUAAGCUCAAUUCAAUCAAGGACGUGGAGCAAAAGAAGAGUGGAAACUACUUUUUCUUGGAUGAUUAGAUUGAAUCUGAGAUUAUCAAUAAGCCAUUUACUUACUGGGAUUUUUAUCAUAUAAAACUUUAAUCAGGUUUUAUGGCCCCAAUACUCUGGAGCUUGAAGUAUGAUUUUCUUAAUGUGACAUCAAAGGCCAAUUGUCUUGUAAACUGUUCAGAGCUUUUCUGCUCUUAAGAUAAACCUCUGUGCAUACUUCACUAAAAUGGAGACAUUUCAAAUCCGUAAAUCACCUCAAGAUUUCCAUCAUCUAUGGGGAGAUUUUCAGUUUUGUAUUAUAUUCAUGUACCAGAUGCUUACUGGUGUUGACCAUCUUUAAAUCUUGGAUAAGAUCUAUAUUUAUCUGUUUGCUAAGUGGACCAGUAUAAUUAAAUUGCCCUAUUUAAAAGCCAGUCAAAGACUACACUGCUAAAGUCUGUCUGAUAAUAAACAUCAGAAUUUUAUUUGCUACUUGUUUUUAGUGUGUGCACUAUAUUAUCAGUGUGUAGCUGCUUCCAAGAAACAUUGUCUGCUACAGACACCAUUGUGGGAAGAUGUAUGUUUAUGACCAACUUAUUCAUUAUUUUUAAUGUUUUUUGUUUUGGUGCUUUUGAACAUCUGUCAAAAAUUAUUUCAAUACCCUAAUUUAAAUCUGGAUUUUUGGUUUUUACUAUCUAUAAGAUUCUAUAAUAACGUUCAAAGUAAUGUAAUUUUAUAAACAUAAAUUUAUAUAGUCAUCAAGUUGGGAGGAGGUGUUUCUGAAGAAUAUUUGCUUCCUAUAAACUAUAGGCUUGGGCUGGGGAGAUGGUUCAGUCAGUAAAGUGCCAACUGGACGUUCUUGAGGACCACUUAGAAGACAUGGGAUUGUAGUGCCAGUCCUAGGAAAUGAAGUCAGACAGACCCUAGAGUCCAUUGGCUGGCCAGCUUAACAGUCUGUGAGUUCUAUGUCAGGGAAAGAUCCAGUCUCAGAAAGUUAGGUGGGGCAGCAAUUGAGGAAGACAGCUUAUAGCAAACCUCUGGCUCCAACACACAGACAUGUGCAUAUGUACAUGUGUGUACGUACAUACACAUACGUACUUUUAUACAUAAACAACCCUAGAUAUAAAAAGUCUUUACAGUUGGUGCCUAGGUAUCUGGAUGUUAGGGGUUUGUUUUGAGACUGUCCUGUAACCCAGGCUGGCCUCAAAGUCAUUGUGUAGCUAAGGACAACCUUGAACUUCUGAGCCUACACCCAGAUUUCGAUUGUGCAGUGCUGAGUCAAACCCAGGGCUCUGCAGGCUAGGCAAGCACUCUACCAGCUGAGCCACGUCCCCAGCCCUCUUUAUAGACUACAGAUUUUUCUGUUGAACAACCAGGGGCAGCCUUUAACCACUUCUCCAUGAGUGCCGGAAAUAGCAAUACAAAGUGCCCAUUGCUGCAGUUCAUAUUCAUUUGUACGUGUGGAUACAAAGGACAUUAUCUAAAUCUUACUAAUAUACUGAACUAGAAUUAUGAGGAAGGUAGAUUACAGUGAAUAAUGGGGCAGGCAGAACAGGAAAUUAAAAAUUAUUUGACAAGACUUUGAACUUUAAAUAAUUUUGAUUACCUUGGAAACAAUGAUAGAAAGUUAGUUUUGACUGGACCCCAUUAGGCCUUCGAAAAGUGAAUUUAUAUGAAUAAUCCAUAAAUACAUUUCUGUUGUAAAAGAAUGCAAAUAUACAGAGAUAAAUGGAAUAAACAUUUCUCCCCUCAUUA